ACGACGUUUGUAGAUUCAUUAUCAUUCAUCUUUUACCCAUUCAUAAUAUUGUACUAUAUUUCAAAAUGUCAGUUUGGUAUCAAGAGAAGAAUUCUUCAAUGUCGAUUCCAGAAUUUUUCAAGGGAAAAUGUAUUUUCAUGACUGGUGGAAGUGGAUUUAUUGGCAAAGUGAUGAUAGAAAAACUACUAAGAACAUGCCCGGAUAUAAAAAAUAUAUAUGUGCUAGUGAGGCCUAAGAGAGGCAAAAAUAUCCAGGAGAGGGUCAAAAACUUAUUCGACGUGCCAUUAUUCGACGAAUUGAAGAAGCAAAAUAUCAAAGCUAUCGAAAAGGUAUUGGGAGUUGCAGGCGAUAUCACACAGUUAGAUCUUGGACUUAACAAGGAAGACACUGAUACUCUCAUAAAUAACGUUUCAAUAAUAUACCACAUCGCCGCUUCAGUGAGAUUCAACGAUUUUCUAAAAUCGGCCAUACUCACCAACACCCGAAGCACCAGAGACGUCAUCACAUUAGCCAAAAAAUUGAAAACCCUCGAUGUGUUCGUCUACUGUUCCACGGCAUACAGCAAUUGCGACCAUGAUGUAAUCGAAGAAAGCAUUUAUCCUUCGAAACAAGAUUGGAGGAAGGCCAUAGGAAUGGCUGAAAAUUGCGAUGAGAUGAGUUUACAAGCGCUCACAGAAAAAAUCAUCUACCCGAUGCCGAAUACGUAUACCUACACCAAAGGUUUAGCUGAGAGAGUUGUGUUCGAUUUAUGCGAGAACCAAAUUCCCGCCAUUGUGUUGAGGCCUUCAAUAGUUUCUCCUGCCAUCAAGGACCCUAUUCCAGGUUGGGUAGAUAAUUUCAACGGUCCGAUGACUUUGAGUUUGUUGGCAGGAAAAGGUAUAUUGAAAGUUGUAUACUCUGAUGAUAAAGUUAUAAGAGAUCAUGUAUUCGUUGACAAUGCCGUCAAUGCUCUAAUAAUAGCUGCCUGGAAAAAAGCAACCCAGUCUGAUAUAUCCUCCAUAGAAGUUUAUAAUGCAGCAUCCGAUAUGAAUUUUUCUCAGGGUUUCAACAGAGCUCUUGUACCAACAAUAAUUAGGAAUAACCCAGCAGAUAGUUAUUUAGGAAGUGCCUUUUAUUAUUCACUACAGAAUAAGACUAUCUUUUACAUACUAACUCUCAUCAUACAUGUACUGCCUGCUCUCGUAAUAGAUGGAGUUACUUCAUUACUAGGGAAAAAACCGAGAUUGUUGAAGAUUUACCGUAGGUUACUGAUAGCCAAUGUUUCUCUCAGUUCAUUUAUGCUCAAGACCUUCAAAAUAAACACGGAAAAUUACGUCGGAUUAGAGGAUAAUCUGCUGGAAUGUGAUAAACCAACAUUCUCUUUUAUACAAAAUCGUUCAAGAACUGACACAGAGGGGACCAAAGCAAUGAUUAUUGUUGUAUGGGGAGGCAUGAAACGGUUUCUAUUGAAUUCUAAGUCCCAGGCUACUGAAGCUGAAAUCAAAAGAUAUGACAGGGUUACGGCCUUCCAGAAUACAAUAUUUCUCAUUCUGAAAAGUCUUCUUCUUUACUUCGUUGGGUCGAAAGUGAUCCUGCCAUGGAUUGCACAACAAUUGACAUAAUCUAGAGUACCUGCACUUUCAUAAUCAUAUUUUUCCACCACUAGCUAUAGAACCUACCAUUAUUUACUUCUUUUGAAGGCGUUAAGUGUGUUUUUACUACCAAGGUAAUGUUCGUCAUUUUAUGAACCACUAGUCAAUAAAGACAUAGCCUCAUCUGUUAUAAUUAACCCGAAUUAACUGUUUUGAUGCGAUAUACACAGGAAUUGCACUCGAAUUUAGUAUAUAUCUAUCAAUAACGACCUGUCAUAUUCUGACAUGGUGGCUAGAUUUUCAUUAGAAUUGAAAAGAAGUGCUUUCAUGGUGACAUAGCUCCACAUUUCAGUUUCACAGAACUAUAAUAAUUGAAAUAUAUUGCUAGUGGUGAAAAAAAAGUAAUAUACACCUUGGUAGUAUUCUCGAAUCUAGUAUGUAUCUAUCAAUAACGACCUGUCAUAUUCUGACAUGGUGGCUAGAUUUUCAUUAGAAUUGAGAACAAGUGCUUUCAUGGUGACAUAGCUCCACAUUUCAGUUUCACAGAACUAUAAUAAUUGAAAUAUAUUGCUAGUGGUGAAAAAAAAGUAAUAUACACCUUGGUAGUAUUCUCGAAUCUAGUAUGUAUCUAUCAAUAUCGACCUGUCAUAUUCUGACAUGG